AGCGAGACUUCAUCUCAAAAAACAAACAAAAACAUGGACGCUGGAACCAAACUGCCCAUAGCAGAACUCUUGUUCCACAACUUACUAGAGUGACCUUGGGCAAGUUAUUCAUUCUCAUUCUCAUAGAGCCCGGGUAAAAAGGGGCUAAUAGAAGUUCUAUGAGGGUCACAUGAAAUAAUAUAAACAUAAUGGUGCCACGAAAUAGUGAACACAAUAUAUAUUCGCUCUGAUGUUCUCCAAACCUAAUCUUAUUUGGGUUUCCAAGAAAAAAAAAAGCCUUCAAAAGAGACUUGGUGAGUGUGUGUAAUCACCGUAUCCUUCCCGGACUUCAUUUUACUAAACUCUCCUCCUUCAAGCCCUCUUCAGUCCUCCUGAUCUCUUCAGGGCCCUCCUCCUGGGGUGGUGGCACAUGGCUCUAGUGCAGCUGCCCAAAGCCUGGUAUCAGAGUAUGAAGACUUUGAUCUCAGGUGAAGCCAUUCUCGUUUUUUAUCUUCUUCUAUCUUCCGUGCUUAGGCCCCCCAAGUACUAAGUGUGUUCCAGGAGGCUGGAAUAUCAUACAAUGGAGGAAAUUUGGAGAUUAGGAUAAAGAUUUGGAGAAAGAGGCAUGAGAAGCUAAAGAUGCAGGAGUUGCCUAUGCCGGCUCUUGCUUCGUGGUCAUGCAGCUUAACAGGCCCUGGAUGAAGGCCGAGGGCUGGUGUUCUGAGUGUUGCCUGCUCGCAGUCAAGGAAAGUACAAGCCGGGCCCUGCCGGCUUCUCAGGACCGCGUAAGAAACAGAAGAUGUAAUAAAAUCGCAAUUUCCUAUAAAAUUAAAUGCCUUAAGGGUUGUUAGCAGUUUCCUCGCCCCAGGCGGCUCCUUUAAGAGGCGGCUCCUCGCCCCGCUAACAGAGGAAGUCCCCGCCCCCCGUUGCUAGGGUGCUCUGUGGCGUCGCAUUCUCAUUGGUGGGCGACGGCGGGGAGCACCCCCGAGGCAGCCAUUUCCAACUAGCUGGCGGGGGCGAAAGAUGGCGACGCCCCUCGGGUGGUCGAAGGCGGGGUCAGGAUCUGUGUGUCUCGCCUUCGAUCAACUGCGGGACGUGAUUGAGUCUCAGGAGGAACUGAUCCACCAGCUGAGGAAUGUGAUGGUUCUCCAGGACGAAAAUUUUGUCAGUAAAGAAGAGUUCCAGGCAGUGGAGAAGAAGCUGGUGGAAGAGAAAGCUGCCCAUGCCAAGACCAAGGUCCUCCUGGCCAAGGAAGAGGAGAAGUUACAGUUUGCCCUCGGAGAGGUAGAGGUGCUGUCCAAACAGCUGGAGAAAGAGAAGCUGGCCUUUGAAAAAGCGCUCUCCAGUGUCAAAAGCAAAGUCCUACAGGAGUCCAGCAAGAAGGACCAGCUCAUCACCAAAUGCAAUGAGAUUGAGUCUCACAUUAUAAAGCAAGAAGAUAUACUUAAUGGCAAAGAGAAUGAGAUUAAAGAGUUGCAGCAAGUUAUCAGCCAGCAGAAACAGAUCUUCAGGAAUCACAUGUCUGACUUCCGGAUCCAGAAGCAGCAGGAGAGCUACAUGGCCCAGGUGCUGGACCAGAAGCAUAAGAAAGCCUCAGGGACGCGUCAGGCCCACAGCCACCAGCAUCCCAGGGAAAAAUAAAAUGGCCGCCGCUUUCCUGUUCUCUGGCUGUAA